CAUCCUCUGUCCGCCGUCCGUCCGUUAAACAAAUCCAUUAAAAGAAUUCUUCCCAAAAUGCCCUCCUUGGUUUCUCCUCGUCCGCUCUCGUGCCUCGACUGGCGAAACCCUAGGGUGAGCCGCCCGUCAUGCUCGAGCUUGCGGGAGAUCGAGAGGGUGCCGGCGGGCGGUGACGUGAGGCCGGAGCUCCGGCGCUCGGUCCCCCAGUUCCCGGCCAUCCGGGAGGCGAAACGGGUGGUGCUGGUGAGGCACGGGCAGAGCACGUGGAACGAGGAGGGCCGCAUCCAGGGGAGCUCCGACGCCUCUAUUCUCACGCCCAAGGGAGAGUCGCAGGCCGAGACUUCUCGCCAGAUGCUUCUCGGCGAUUCUUUCGAUGUCUGCUUCACUAGUCCCCUGGUUCGUUCCCGGAAAACGGCUGAAAUCAUAUGGGGUGCCCGGAAGGAGGAGAUGAUUCCGGAACCCGACUUGAGGGAGAUUGAUCUCUACUCGUUCCAAGGUCUCUUGAAGCAUGAAGGGAAGGAGAAGUUCGGCAGUGCAUAUCGCCAGUGGCAGAAAGACGCUGCAAAUUUUAACAUCGACGGCCACUAUCCAGUGAGAGAAUUGUGGGCCAGAGCCCAAAGCUGCUGGAGCAAAAUCUUAGCUCAUGAAGGGAGGUCGGUGCUUGUCGUUGCUCACAAUGCAGUCAAUCAAGCUCUUGUUGCCACUGCAAUAGGACUAGGCACAGGGUACUUCAGGCUUCUACUCCAGAGCAAUUGUGGGGUGAGUGUGGUGGAUUUCAACCCACAGCCUAAAGUCAGCUCUCCACAUAUAUGCCUCAAUCGUUUGAAUCAGACUCCAAAUUCUCCCAUUGCUGCUGGAAGUUCUGGAGGAAGAAAAACCAAUAAGCGGAUCAUUUUGGUCUGCCAUGGGGCAACACAGAGCAACACUGAGGCCAGUUUCCCCAAUAUGGGAUAUGAACCCAUGAACAUGCUCGGGGUUAUACAGUCACAGAAAACUGCGGAACUACUUCUAGACUUGAAAAUGAAUUGUAUAAUUUGUAGCCCACGAAUCGCCUCAGUUGAUACAGCCAUGGCUAUAUCUGAGGUUCAAGAGGCAGCAGAUUGCUUGGGUGCUGAUUGUAUGCCUCGUUAUGUAGAAGUGAAGAAAAUGCUAGACCUUGAAGUUGAACCUGUACUUCAGCAACCACGGAAGAAUUCAAUGGAAACUUUGAUAGGCAAGUCAGGUUCGUUAUAUGGCUUUGAUGAUGGCAUCCUAACAGAAUUAUGGAAUCAGUCAAAGAAGGCUUGGCAAUCUUUGCUCCAUGAGUUGUCUAGUGAUUCAGAAACAGAAAGAAAUGUGGUGGUUGUAGGGCACCCUGCUGUUCAUAUAGCAUUGAUAGCCCAUUGUCUGAAUCUUACAGUAGAAUGGAUGGGAUCUUUUCAUCUAGAUGCUGGUAGUGUCAGUGUUAUUGACUUCCCAGAUGGGCCAUCAGGAAGAGGUGUCAUCCGAUGUAUAAAUUACACAGCACAUUUGGGAAGGUGGUCUAUACCUGUAACGAGAGCAACAACAAAUGACGAGGAGUUUUAGCUGAACUCGUAGGUAUCCUUCUUCUAUUUCUUACUAAAUUAAGUGCAACUUGGACAAUGUAAUCAUGUUAUAACAACAUAUACAAUUUUCUAAUUGAAAAAAAAACAGGAAUGGAAACAGAGAUGUAUUAUAGUUGUUUUUUGGCUAAUAAGAUGUAUUAUAGUUUUAAAAAGUUGGAUUUAAGUA